AUGCUUAAAUUUCUUGAAAAUAGAGAUCCUUAACCUAAAAAGAAAGGAAAGGACAUAAUGAGAUGUGAGAGUUAAAGUCAUCUUCCAAACAAUCGAUAAUUUAAUAGUCCUUUGCAUUAAGAUGCUUUAAUCUAAAAUGAUAAACCUACAUAUUACUUAACAAAAAAAUUACCUCCCAUACAAAUCUAUAAUCCUUUAAUAUAAACUAUUGAUUCUGUUGAAAGGCCUGAAUAUAUCAUUAAAUAAAAGGAUAUCUACAUUCCAAGAUACUUGAAUGAAUAUAAGACAAAAGGUUUUAAGAAAAAAUAAGGAAUAUUUGAGUCUUAUUAACAUUUAUUGGCUUAGAAUAAAUCAUUAAUAUAAGGAAUUCAUACAGAUAAAAAACCAUUUUCUUUGCCACUCAUCAGAGAAUACUAAAAAGAAUAAUCUAUUCUAAGUUUACCUGCUUAAUUUUCAACUCGGAGUUAAGAUCAUUAAAAAGUUGAUUAAAGUUGCAUCAAGAGUAACCAAUCUAAAAAUGAUAUUUAAACAAAAGCCAACUAUAUUACAAAAAAAAAAAACAAGAUCACAAAAAUAAAGAAUUUCAUAUAAAUUAUUAACUGAGAACAAGGGUAUCUAAGUUAAUGUAGAAAAAGCUUUAGCUCAUAAUUUUACAGAAUUCUCAGCCGAUUAUACAAAAAAUUUCAAUUUAUCAUAUUAAUAAAAACUAGAAGAUGAAGAAGAAAAGGAAAAGUAAAUGAGAUAAUUAAGUAUAUUUGAUAAAAAAAUAAAAGAGUUUAAAGAAUAAUAAAAUUAGAAAUUGAAAUAAAAAGUAUUUUCUUGA